AUGGCAAACUUCGACUGGCACGCCGGCCGCUCCGACAUCUCCACCCUCGCCCUCCUCGACCGCGCCCCGGAAUCCGAAAACAUCGACCUCCCCUCCGUCCGCCUCUACCGCCUCGCCCGCGUCCGCGCCCAGAUGGCCCUCCGAAGCAUCCACGCCCUCGUCCUCUCCGACCCCGUCAACAUCCGCUACGCCACGGGCACCCGCAACAUGCAGAUCUUCAGCGCCCGCAACAGCCCCUCGCGCUACCUCCUCCUCACCGCGCACCGCUCCGUCCUGUUCGAGUUCACCGGCUGUCUGCACCUCGCGGACGGCUACGAGACCGUGGACGAGGUCCGCCCCGCGCUGACCGCGUCUUUCGUCGCGGCCGGGCCGGGGAUCGAAGAGAGAGAAAAGAGGUGGGCAAGGGAGAUGGGGGAUCUGAUCACGGAGCUCGUCGGGGCGGGGAGCACGGUGGGCCUGGAGCGUCUCAACGCCGGCGCGGCCAUCGCGUUAAAAGAAGCCGGGUUUAAGAUUGUGGACGCGCAGAGGCCCGUCGAGAUGGCGCGGUGCAUCAAGUCCCCCGAAGAGGUAAAAUGCGUCGUGGCCUCGCUGCGCGCGACGGAGGUCGCGGUCGGCAAGCUGCGCGCCGCGAUACGGCCCGGCCUCACGGAGACCGAGCUCUGGGGCGUGCUGCACAAAUCCGUGAUCGAGCAGAACGGGGACUACUGCGAGACGCGGCUCCUCAGCGCGGGGCCGCGGACGAACCCGUGGUUCCAGGAGACGGCGGGGUACGUCAUCCGCGAGAACGAGCUCGUCGCGCUGGACACGGACGUGGUGGGUUGUCACGGGUACUAUUCGGACUUUUCGCGGACGUUCCACGCCGGUCCGGGGGAGCCGUCGGCAGAACAAAAAGAGUUGUAUAGAGUGGCGCACGAGCAGGUGAUGCACAACGUGGGGAUCCUCCGCGCGGGGAUGACGUUCCGGGAGUACGCGGAGGCGGCGUGGGAGAUACCGGAGAGGUACUACAAGAACCGGUACUACCUGUCGGCGCACGGGUGCGGGAUGACGGGGGAGUACCCGUACCUGUACCACCGGGGGGAUUUCCCGGAGGCCGGGUACGACGGGGUGGUGGAGGCGGGGAUGGUGAUCUGCGUGGAGAGCUAUAUCGGGGAGGAGGGCGGGAGGGAGGGGGUGAAGCUCGAGCAGCAGGUCUUGGUCACGGAGACGGGGGUGGAGGUGUUGAGCGAGUUCCCGUUUGAGGAGGCGCUUUUGAGGUGA